ACGAAAAAAGUCAAUGUCAAAAUUUCUAGUGAAAACAUCUCAUCCAUUCACCAAGUUCUUUGCUUAUAAACCUACCGGUGUAAACCUUUCUUCUUCAGCGUUGAGAAGAUCACCAACAGAUGAUGCCUUCGCCUGGUUCGCGAGAUGCUUCCUGCUAUUCAACACAUAGGACAAUUCAUCCAGUUAUCUUCUAUGCUAUACUAUUCUUACUGAAUAGUAGAUGCAACCGAGACAACAUAGGCCUCUUCAGGGUGAAUGUAGAGUCCCCGAGGCGUUCGCGAUGUCCCUCUCCGAAGAAAAUUUCACCGAUAAGCCUUUCGAAUGUUCAAAGCUCAGUUUCAGACCUCAUAGGUUCAAUAGACUAUGAUAGCAGUGGCUUGGAUUCGAUUCCCGCGAGGGAUAUAAAAUUACUACAGGCCUUAGUAAGAAAGAAAGAAGAAAACGAUGAAAGGGACAAACUAGCUGAACACUUCCAGAAGAUGUGGUUAAAAGAAAAAGAAGAAAGAGAGGCUGUGGAAAUCCAAACAUCGGAACAAUAUCGCCGCUACUUACACCAGAAACGAGUUCAAGAUAGAAGAUGGUAUGAAUUUCGUUCGAUGCAGCAGGCAGCCGUACAGCAGGCUAAGAGGGAGCAAUUGAUGUACUCCAUACAACAUAAAGCACAAAAAAGCGCAGAGUUUAGAGCACGGAAAGAAGAUAGGGAAAUAAUGAAAGUAAUCGAUAGAUCGAUGGAGGAAGAAGCUCGUUUAUGUCUGGCUGCAGAGCGGCGACUGCGACUCAACGCUGCGGACAAUUUGCGGAAAAGAGCUGAACUAUACCAUGCGGAAAGAAAAGAGGACGAAGCCAGACUAAAACGGCGCGCUAUGUUACGAGGUACGGCUAAGCGUGUUUCAAUAAACAACGCCCUAACAAGUUGGGAGACAGCACUACAACGUCACGAGUUAGCCAGCGAGGACGCAGCGCGGCGUGCGACGUAUGCGACGUUGUAUGCAAGGAAACGAGCACGUGGCUUUAGAGUGACGCGCGCUAUGGACAAGCGGCGCGCGAGAGCGAGACGGAUAGCUGCUGUCACUGAGCUCAUGCGGGACGCUAUUAAGAAUACCUAGAAACUGUUUUGUAUCAGAAUAAUUUCACUUACUACUUAUUUAAGAGCUCAUAGACACAGAAAAUAAUUGCAAAUGAAACAAUAUAGUGUAUAAUAGGCAAUCAAGACAUUCGUCUUUACGUAUUCUUUCUCUAAACUUCGCUUAAACUAUAACUGUCCUAGUUUUAUUAAUAGCAAUAUAUUGAUUUUGAAAUUGCCAAUAAAUAGAAUAUUUUAAUACUGAAAGAAAUAUUAAUAUAUGUCAGCAAAAAAAUAAGAUUAUAGAAAUAUUGCCUUCUUUCUUGUUUAGUACUUUUCGUAAAGUGAUAGUGACUUUACAAAUUUACAUUUUAAUUAAGUCAUUUGUAAAACUAUUAUGUAUGUAACCUACCUCAGAGAAUAAAUAAAACAAAUAUG